CUCGAGUCAACAUAGGUUCCUCCGCAGAAGAAGAUCGCCUCCAGUGAUUUGCCAAGCCGUGAACUGGCUGUUGAGGUGCUUUUACGGCUAUAAUGGAACUAGUUUGGGAGGACCCUCCUGUCACUGACGCUCCAUUCUUUACCAAAGACCUCUAUGAUCGCUAUUCCCUUGCGCCUAGUAUUGGGGAUCUGUGGGCCUCUCUCCAAAGUCCUGCAGAAAAUGCCAACUUAAAACGAAAGUGUGAUGCUGAGACUGGACAAAACUCCACAACCACAGAAGUUGCAGAGUUCAAAGAUAACACCAGCAUUAAUAAAGAUGACUCGUGUUGCGAUUCCAUGGAUAUUGACAGUUCCUUUGCAGACUGUGCAGUGGAUGCUGCAAAGGGACGUAAGGAAACCAUGAAAGCAAAUGUUUCGCCCAAGAAACAAAAAACAGAGGGAGAUGAUGCUUAUCCUCAACCCAGACUGCCGUUCCCGUGCAUGUCCAGUUUCUCCAGCAAAGAGCAGAGGAUCUAUCUCAGCUUUUUGACGAAUAAAAAAUGCAAGGAUCCCCCCAUGCACCUCAAGGCCCGAAUGGACCACGAAAUUAUGCAAUUCCAGAGGUAUUUGCAAGAUGUGUCCAAAAUAUGUGCUGAUGACUACAGCUUCAUCUCACAAGGAGCAUUGCAGUAUGCAGAGGAUUUUUUGAGGGCCAGUUUGGAGUGUGUCAAGGUGUUUCCUCAGAUUUAUCAGAUCUCUGAGAUGACCAGUUUGACCGGCGGAAGAUUCAACCCAGGACUGUCUCUCACUUUUGAAAAACAGCUUGUUGUCAUGGGCAGUGUGGAUAUCAUAGGCCCCAUGAUAGUGCCUGCUGAUGCACAGCUUGCAACGGAUUAUCAGAGUGUUUCAUCAGAAAAUCCUCCAGCCAAAAAAGCUAAGGACAUGCACGCUGCAAUUAGCAGUGAUGAAAAUGCUGAGAAGCUGUGUGCACGUUACGAGCCACAUGUGUGUCUCACCCGAGAUGCCCUUGUCACGCUGUUGGACAACCACGGCCCUGACUUUGCACAGGGAUGGGAACUUCCUGUUUGCAUCAAAGUGAACCAUGGGAAAGGUGUUAGUCCAAAGACUGUUUAUGUAGAAUCGCCCUUAAUUAAAAAUGAAAUAACAGUGAGGGAGAAGAGCCACAUUUUCCAUGAGGAGAGUUUGAAGCUCUCCAUCCUAAAGAAUGGUAACAGAAAUGUGUUCCAUUUAAUGAUGGAACUUCCUGUGGAUGAUCACAACCCCUCACAGGAGAGCUCUCAAAGAAAUGUGGUCUGCCACAACAGCAACGAGCUAAACUUUGAUGUGGACAUGACCGACCUUGAGACUUUCGGAUGUGAGCCACUCACGAAAAUCCCCAAAGAGCAGAAAGCUCACAAAAAGCAAAUUGCAUCUCCUAAGAGUGCAAGUUCACCGCUUUCAAGUAAACUCAGUGAGCCACUCAGCCAUAGUUCACAGGAGGAGAUGCACCACCCAUUGACAGUUCCCAAUCGUUUCCCAGCAACAGAAGAGACACCUCUGCUGGUUGCUACGCAGGCUAAUGAGGUAAACACUGCUAAACUGGAGGGUGAGUCUGGUGAUGACAGCGCUGAAAACCCAGCAGUCACUGGAGACUCUGAUGAUGAGAAACUGGUCAUUGACGAUUCUUCAUCACCAUCCCAAGUCCAACGUACACCUGUGUGCACAUCAGAUCCUGUGGUUACCCCCACUGCUGAGUCUGCCACCUUAUUAGCUUCACCCUCUCCUGAAAAAAAUGCAGGGCACAGGCAACAUUCCAAAAGCUCAAAGCUGCCCGCAGACCAACUUGGGGAGAUCUUACGCAUGCAGACAGCCAUGUUCAGCUCGGCGAAUAAUGCCCUCAAAAGUCCCAGCAAAUCCCAGGAGACCGAGUUGUCCACCCGUUGUGCCGGAUCUUCACGACACACUCUCCAGCUGUCGCUGGUGAAGCCAUGCGUGACCUCCUACUUGGAGCGAAACCAGCAACACAGUGAAGAGACCCCUGUGACCACAGCAGCGUUCCACACCAGCACCACGCAGCAGAAAAAAACAUUGUCAUGGGAUCUGCAGGCUAGCGCUGAGGACGAACAAGACUACACAGCCCCAGAGAAAGGCAAUCUGCUGUACAAGCUCUACACCCUGGAAGAUUUACUCCUCAUGGUGCGCACCUCCGUCGCGUUGGCUCGCCCCAGGAAAGUCGUUGUCAAUGCAAGCCAGUUUGUUCCAGUCCAUGUGUUACCCAAACUGGACUACCAGCUGUGUCACGGGGUUGAGUGUCUGAGCAGCAGCGAGGCUUGCCAGCUGUGGACAGAGACAGCGCUCCACUCCAGUACUACUUCAUACAUUGCUCAUAUCAAUCCACACACUUCUAAAGUAGCGCUGCUCAGAAGGCUGCCUGACACGUGGAUACACAGCAUCUCCUGUGGGUUCAACCCAGUAAAGUCACUGAACAUUGCGCACCACAUCCUGAAAAAGCUGACAAAGAUGGAAGAAGGGCAGUACCUGAUCACACACAAACCAGGGGAGUCAUUUGUGACGUUGUUAAAAGCAGCUGAUGGGAAAUCGUGUCGGACAGCCUACAACCUGCAGCAAGUCCACAGCAAUCUCCCACAGGCACCGGCCUCUGGGCUGGUACCCUGGAUACCUCUGGAUCCCACUGUGUGGAGGUCGUUCCACAAGAAGCAUGGACGUGUCCCCUGCACCUUCCCACCGGCACUCAUGCCACAGCAUGCUGCAGUACACAGGGCAUCGCAGCCUAACAACAAUGCAAGUGGACCGUCCCAAUUCGGAAGGAAUAAGAAGAAGAAGAGGAAAAACAAGAAAAAAAAUAACAACUGCGCAGCAAAAUGAGGAAAAAUAUAUGAAAAAUUUUUCGAUUUUCGAUUUUUCGAUUUCUUCCACACCAAACCCAUCCAAGAAGGGCCUUACCAAACCACAAUUCAAUUUAAGGUACCACCGCAUGGUUGGGAAAACACACACAUGCAAAAGAUACUGCACAGUUGUUGAAAUACUUACAUAGAACAUUGCACUUUGUAUACUUUUUUUUGCACUUUAAAUGUUUUGUCAAUUGUAAUUUAUCAGAAAAUGGAACAAUAAUAAAGUGUUGAUGGUGA